AGAUGGCGGCUGCCCCGCUCUACUGUGUCUGCCGGCAGCCCUAUGAUGUUAACCGGUUUAUGAUCGAAUGCGACAUUUGUAAAGACUGGUUCCACGGCAGUUGUGUUCAGGUAGUGGAGCACCAUUCUGCUGAUAUCGAUGUUUAUCACUGUCCCAACUGUGAGCCCAUCCAUGGACCCUCUAUGAUGAAAAAGCGCAACAACUGGCACAGGCAUGACUACACUGAGCCAAAUGAUGGCACACGCCUCGUUCAGGCAGGAACUGCUGUGUUUGUACAGCAACUCCAGGCCAGGAGCUUUGCCAGUGGCCAUGAGAUUCUGGUGCCAAUGCAGGGGAGCCAGGUGACCCAGCGCUACCUGGAGACGGAGGGCUUCCAUUACCCCAUAGCGGUCCAUGACCUGGAUGGACUGGGGCUUAAACUGCCCCCUCUCUCGUUAUCUGUCAGUGAUGUGGAGCAUUAUGUGGAUGUUAAUAACUACUGGCCUGAUGACUCGUUCUUCCCCAAACCAUUUGUGCAGAAGUAUUGCCUCAUGGGAAUGAAAAACAGUUACACAGACUUCCACAUCGAUUUUGGAGGAACUUCAGUGUGGUAUCAUGUUCUCUGGGGGGAGAAGAUUUUCUACUUGAUCAAGCCGACUAAGGCUAACCUUGCACUAUAUGAGUCCUGGAGCUCAUCACCCAAUCAGAGCGAAGUAUUCUUCGGGGAUAAAGUCGACAAGUGUUACAAAUGUGUGGUGAAGCAGGGAACAACCAUCUUCCUCCCCACUGGUUGGAUCCAUGCAGUGCUCACUUCUCAGGACUCCAUGGCCUUUGGUGGGAACUUCUUGCAUAACUUAAACAUAGGCAUGCAGCUCAGGUGUUAUGAGAUGGAACGCAGACUGAAGACUCCAGAUCUCUUUAAGUUCCCAUACUUUGAGGCCAUCUGCUGGUAUGUGGCCAAAAACCUUCUGGAGACCCUUAAAGAGCUGCGGGAGGAUAAAUGUCAAGCUCAGGGUUAUCUAGUGGACGGAGUGAAAGCUUUAAUCUCAUCACUGAAGACAUGGCUGAGGCGGGAGUUGACUCAACCCAACAGUGAGGUUCCAGACCAUAUCAGGCCAAGCCGUCUCAUUAAAGCUCUGACCAAGGAGAUCCUAUACCUGGAGGAUGAAUCGAAUAAAGCUGGAAAAUCUCAGGGAAGUGCUGAGUGCUCUUUAUCACGCACAACACUGGAGAAGGAAUAUCAGGCACAGCGGGCCGCUCGUCAUCUUCACCACCAUCAUCAUCAUCACAGCCACAAACUGCCCUCUAACUUGGAUGUCCUGGAGCUUCACACGCUGGAGGUAUUAAAGAGACUGGAGGUCGGGCCUCUUGAGGAGGACCCAGCCUUCAGCUCCAAAGUGAAUGGCAAGCUCAAGAAAGUGUCUUCAGUGUCUGCAGUAGCUGUUGAGGGUAGUAAUGACAACGCCCUGCGCCUGGUGCUAUGCAACGGCAAAAUUAUGCGCGAGAGGUUAGCGAUCAGUAAUGUGGCAGCCAAAGUCAGUGGAGUGGAAAUGUUGCAGUACCAUCAACACGGGAUCAAAUGGGAAAGAAUGUCGAUGUGCCAACAAGAAAAAGUGAAAAAAGAAAAGCGAGAGGAUGAAUUAAGAGUGCACUGCACUAUCCAGAAACCAGUCAAUCACGGUCUAACUGUGCAGACAGAACUCAGGACAGAGUCGCCACUUGUAACGUCUUCAGACAGCGACUCGGAGUCAGAAGCAGAAGAUUCUGCUGAGAAACACUCCGAGUCAGAGAGUUCUGAGGAAGAGGAUGGAGGAAGCAAGAGAGACUCGGGGAGUUUUGUGGAGCAUCUGAGCGGCCGGCAGCACGGCCACCAUAAGCAAGCACUAAAACGAGAACGCCCUACCUCACCGAGCACAGAUGAUGCCAUUCAGGGCAUGCUGUCUAUGGCGGGGCUGCUGUGUCAGCGGGCGUCAGCAGGGGGCGAUAUUUUACAGCAGCACUGGUGGUCCAGUCAGGGUAACAGUAACAGCAGCAGCAGCAGCAGCAGUGACUCGUGGGACAGCAGUGAACCCUGCUCGGCAGCCCGCAGCCCGGAGGGAGAGGAUGGGAGUCUCGGAGAGGAGUAUUCAUAUAGAGAGAGCUCACUUUCUCCUCCCCUCCACCCCUCCAAAAGACACGCCCCCAACACCACACCCAUCAGCAACCAGGCCACUAAAGGAAAGCGUCCUAAGAAAGGACAGGUGACGGCUAAACAGAGGCUUGGGAAGAUAUUGAAAAUGAGCCACCAUAAAGGCUUAUUCCUGUAGCAUGACGGAGGAAAAAACGAGACGUGUAAUAAAUCAACACAGCUGCUUUUCUUAAUACGCUGUGACUAUCAUCACACACACAGUUCUCUUACUCACUGUGCAUAUGUUUAGGUGAUAGGGUAUGUUUAAUGGCUCACUUUAUUUUCACCAAUCACACAAAAUACAAACAUCAGCACAGGGAAACUGCUUUACUUUGGACAGCAUUUCAACAUUAACAGCCAAGAGUUUCAAGAGGAAGCACAGAAACGGAUAGUCGGAGGUCCAGAGAGCAGCGUGUGUUCCGGAAACGAGCCGCAAGUGUGUAUCCGCGGGCUGAGGCCUCUCCUCUCCCCUCCCUACCUCUUACCGCAUCUGUAGCAUGAGUGUCCUGGCGCUCGCAGGCUAAGGACGUCUUCUUAGCCCUCUACAGCCCGACAUUGGUCUUCGGAUUCCCCGCAAGUCAUUAUCAAUCUGCCUAUUUCUCUCUCCUUUGAUUGUCUCAGGCUGAUGUAUGAGCUUUUGAAAUGGUGCUGAAUCCUUCUCCAGUCCCCUCUGCCCCUGUAAGCAAUAAUUGUACAGCAGUGAGUGAUGUAUUGAUGAUUUAGUGGGCCGCACUUUUAGGAUGCGCAGGAAGUCCUCAUAGUGGAAAGUAUUGUACAACCAUCAAAAGAAAUCAAAAAGUGGCAAAGAUAUAACAUGAUUUUCCUUGAUUUGACUGUUUAUUCUCCGGCGGACUUAAAUAGGCGAUUUAAAGGAAUAUUCUGAGGUAAUUUUUGUAUACCGUUCAAGUUCUGCUGAGGAAAAUAAAUUGGAGUUGUACCUUGUUUUGUAAAAACAAAACGUUUAAUUUAAAAAGUUUAGUAUUUCUUGUCAACCUUUUUGGUUUAUUUUUAUUAUUAUUAUUAUUUUUAACUAUAUAUCUUCCAAAAGCUAGUGAAAUACUG